CAAUGUGUACAAUAUCUUUUGGUAUUUAUUAUUAUGAAUAUUCCUUCCAAGUAAUCCAGCGAUUCGUACUCUCAGCCGUUUUUAAAUCGACUCUUUAAACCUCAUGAAUAAAACCCAGUGAUUGUAGUUACAUAAAUGCCGCCUACUGAUAAAAGCGAAUUCACAGUUCUUAAACUACAUUUACUCGAAUGCUUACUGUCUGCAUAACCAUCAUGGCGGCGCACAGAGGCAGCAGCUCCGUUUCGACCUCUCCGGAGUCUCCUCCAGUUAUGGGGUCGAGUUCCGAGGACGCCCCGCUGCAGUACAGCCUCAUCCUGAAUCACCUGAUCGGGGAUAAGCGGCAGGCACGGGAGCUGAACCCCGCGGUGAUGGGGGGUUUACCAAAUCCGCACAAAAGUGAGGAGCAAAAGAUGAUCGAGAGGGGCAUGGAGAGCUGCGCCUUCAAAGCGGCACUAGCAUGCGUCGGAGGUUUUGUUUUGGGCGGAGCGUUUGGUGUGUUUACAGCUGGUAUUGAUACCAAUGUCGGCUUUGACCCCAAGGACCCGUUAAGAACACCAACAGCGAAGGAAGUUCUCAAGGACAUGGGGCAAAGAGGGAUGUCUUAUGCCAAAAACUUUGCCAUUGUGGGGGCCAUGUUUUCCUGCUCAGAAUGCUUGAUAGAGUCAUACCGAGGGAAGUCAGACUGGAAGAACGCUGUUCUCAGUGGAUGUGUCACAGGGGGUGCCAUUGGAUUCAGAGCUGGGUUGAAAGCUGGAGUCCUUGGAUGUGGAGGCUUUGCUGCUUUUUCUGCAGCAAUCGAGUAUUAUCUGCAUUAAUGCACAUCCAGAAUAGACUUCUCUCUGCUGCGAUGCUCAAAAGAAGUGACCAGCGCAUGGCAGGAGUGUGUCGGAGACAUCCUGGAGCCGGAACACCUGAAAUCUCCUUGCAUAUCACUGCUGAGGUCCCUUCAGUUCAGCCUCCAGUGACACAGAUUCCCACUGCUACAUGGAUGGACUGCAGUAUGUUCAAUACAGGCACUGUUCCCACAGUAUAAAAGUAUGCAACUGGCUUGAGUUUUCCGUACUCAUGGAUUUGAUUUAGCCACAGAAAAUACUGGACUUUAACUAAAGCAGAAAGGUAACUUUUUGUAUUUUUAUUUUAUUUACUGUGACUAGUCAGUGAAUAUAAAGGCAUAUGAAAAAUUUGGAAAGCUCUAAAUGUAAAAGAAAAAACCCUAAACAAAAAUAAGUGUUCAAUGUCGAAGUUACAAUUAAAUUAAAUCUUUGAGUUAUUGUGAAUGUCUUAUUGUCCAAAACGUAAGAAGUUGAUGUCUGACACUUUGUAACCUUAUCAAUGGUAGUUCUGAAAUGCACUGUGGUAAGUCGAAACCUUUUAUCAAUUAAACUUGUCAGGUGCAGGCACCAAAUUAUGUCUGAAAAAAGAUACUGGGACACCACAAGUCAGACAGUACAGUACAAGGCCCUGUAGCUGAUACCUGAAAGGGUUAUUGCAUCCUUUGCCUAAUACAGGCAGCUAUUCCAUAUUUGCUUUUGUCAGUUUAAUGCUGAAUUUUCACAGGGCCACACAACACCCCUCAAAUUGGUUCGCAUUUGCUUUCUGCUGCACCAGUGGUCAACUGACCUGGACCCUGCAUAACAAACCUUGUGAAAGACAAAUAAGCGUCUGUGACGUUUUGUACGACAUCUAUAGGCCUGUGGAUAUUGCACAAGGCACGUAGAUACCACUGUAAAAAUAAACUCUGCUCAAUGUAUUCCAAAGCAGUUUGUGUCCAUGGAUGUUUUCUUAACCCAGUAAAUAUCCCUUAUAAAUGUGAUUGCUUGUCAUCCUAUUUCUGGUCCAAUGUGGCGGCAUAUUUAACAGGUUUAAAACUUUGGAAUAUGGAGGAUUAAAAAGACAUUUUGUACAAA